AUGAAAAAAUCACAAAUAACAUUUUUGGAGUAAAUUUCUUAAUUAUCUUUCAAAUAAUACAAUAAUAUUUAAAUAGGUGUGAGUUUCAUAUCCAUAAUAGGUUAUGAUUCAUCAAUUAAUAGAAAUAAAAAGAUUUAAACUAUGUAAGAGAAAACUACUAGUAGAUUAUUAGGCAAAAUGUGUUCUUAAAAAUUUAGAAAUAUAUUAUUUGAUGUCAGUAUAAUUAAGGCAUAAUUUAAUAUAUAAAAAAUAGCUUUUAAAAUAUCAGUUUGGCAUUGUAAUCUAAUGAAUCUACAUCAUCACCAUUGUUUAUAGGAUUAACAAAAUAUAAUCCAGAAUUUGGAGAUUGGGUAGUAGAUUAGAUGAAGAAUAUUACUUUGGAAUGGGUACAUGCAAAAAUAAACAGCUGAAAUUGCUUUAUAAGAUAAGGAUAAAUAAUUAGACAGAUUAAAGAAAUUCUUAAAUUACAUUUUAAAUUAAAUAAAAUAAAUUGGUCAAAUUACUAAUUCUCAAGAUUAAUUCACUUAGCUUACACUCUUAAUUGAAGCCUUAACUUAUGCAAUUCUUAUUUCAAGCAAACAAAAGAAUAAAGAACCAAUAUUGUUAGAUGUAGAAGAAGAAGACUUUAAAAAUAUUCUAUAGACAAUAGAAGUAACAAGUUAAUCAUAUGAAAUUUGUAAUAUGAUAAUCAGAUUGUUUACUACUUUAAUUAAAUUGCCAUAACCAUAUGUUUUAAAUAUGUAGUUAUAAUAAACUGAAAUCUAAGACAUGACAUAAUUAUUAUUGCAAAAAUCCCCCUUAUAUAAAUUAAGAUUGUUUUCGAUUUUAGUGUGGAUUAGCAAUGAUGUUGUUAAUCUAAUUAAACCGCAUAUACAUAAAUUCUUUGAAUAAACGAUAGAAUCAUUAAAAAAAUAGACAAUACAGUUUUGUUUGAUUACUUUCUUUUGUUGA